GCAGAUCAGUAAGCAGAGGGAGAUGACAGCAGGGCCGCCGCGGCAUGAACAACCGUAACAGCAAUAGCAACAGCAACAGCAACACCAACAGCAAAAGCGAGAGAGACAGCGACAGCGACAGUAUAGCAACAGCAACAGCAACAGCAACAGCAACAGCAACGGCAACAGCAACGGCAACAGCGACAGCCACAGCGAUAGCCACAGCAAUAGCAACAGCCACAGCGACAGCGACAGAGACAGCCAAGCAGCUCGAGAUGCAGAACAAGAGGAAGCAGGAGAGAAGUAGAAGACAAUGGGUGGCACUCAUCAGGUCCAAUUUUUCGGGGAGGAUAAAACUUGAAUAAACUAUAUGUCUACAUCUCAACGCGUCCGCUGUAACCGUUCUGUCGUGCUCAUUUACAACAGGAGAAAGAGGGAGCAUACGGUGGCAGCAGCAGUCUCGGCAGAAGCAGAAGCGGCAUCAGGAGCAGGAGGAGGAGGAAGACGAGCAGUAGCAGCAGGAGCAGCCGGAGCAGGACAAGGAGGAGGACAAGGAGGAGGACCAAGGCCAGGACCAGGAGCAGGACCAGGGCCAGGAGCGGGAGCAGGAGCAGGAGCAGGAGCAGGAGCAGGAGCAGGAGGAGGAGGAGGAGGAGGACUACGUGCAGUAGAAACAGCAGCAGCAGCAGGAGGAGGAGGAGGAGGAGGAGGAGGAGGAGGAGGAGGAGGACGACGACGGCGAAGAGCUGGAGUAGGAAGGAAGAAGAAAACGGAGAGAGCAUCGGCAGCAGCAGCAGCACCGGACGAGGAGGAGGAGGAGGAGGAAGGAGGGAGAAAAUGGACAGGUUAUAAUCUGCACGGCAUAUCGGCGGAAGAACACGGAGGUAACCAUUGCAAUCCCUGUUGAUGGAAGGCUGUUAUGUUUAACUUAGUGAAAAGGGAGGGACAUGCUAAAAAUAGAACAUUGAAUAUAGAUUGAGUUUGAUCUAACUAGGGCAGCAGAUAAACCCUGCAUUUUGUCGUUCAUGUGGCUGAACGGGACUGCAGAAUGACGGAACAGAACGCGCCUCUAGACUCUUAGACAGUGAGCAUUCGCGCUUGGAUGUUUCGUCAUCAUCAGAUUCUUCCCUGUUGCCUUCAGGAGGCCGUUUCCUUAGUUCGCCCACGGCCACCGACGGUCUUUUACAUAUGUAAAUAUUAUUUACUGUAGUAGUAAAUUACUGUAACAGUA